CAUGCGCAGCUCAGCUUGAACAACCCACCACAAUCAUUCUAGCUAGCACCGAGCUGAGCUCCCGAAAUCCCCCAUCCAGGAGAAAAUUUGUACUUUGUCGUGUGACAUGGCUAACAUGAAGACGGUGGCGCUAGCGGCGCUCCUCGUCCUCGCGGUGGCUCUGGCCGCGGCGCCCUUGCCCGCGCACGCCGUGUGCGACAUGAGCAACGACGACUUCAUGUUGUGCCAGCCCGCGGCGGCGGCGACGACGGGCCCGAUGCCGGACCCGUCGGCGGAGUGCUGCGCCACGCUGGGGAAGGCGGACCUCAAGUGCCUCUGCGGCUACAAGAACUCCCCAUGGCUCAACCUCUACAACAUCGACCCCAAGCGAGCCAUGGAGCUGCCGGGCAAAUGCGGCCUCACCACGCCACCAGACUGCUAGAUGGACAACCAUCCAUGGUCCUCAAGCAAGGGAUCUACGCGGUAUAAAUGGAUGGGGCCUGGAGGUAUAUACGAUCUGCUAAGCCGUGUAUAUGCUCUCAUCUUGUGGUAUGUGUUGGUGUGUCAACAGCUUCGUUGCCAUGUACGCGUGGAGUACGUAGUGACGAUGUAUGUGUGUGACUAUGUCAUCUGAACAAUUUCCCUAAUACGUACUAUGAUGUGGUGCCAGGGUGUUGGGUCUGUAAAUAAUCAGGGAUAAAACCUGAAUAUAAAUGUUAUGCACAGGCCGAGUAA